CCUUUUCACACAGCUGUCCAUCGUCUUGUCGAUCUAUCAAUGUUUCUGCGUUUUUUAUCGCAAUAUUUUCUUUCAAACAUUUGCACUAAACGACAAUCAAUUCAGUUUGUAAUACACUCAGACAAUAGGUUCAUCUAUGGUGGCAGCCAAGGCAGGUGAAUUUGACAAAGAUUUUGCCACGUAACGUAAACGCACACCACAAAUGAAAUGACCCAAAACGGCACACAAGAAAUGUUGGCAUAAAAUCCAUAUGAAUAUAUUUUCAAAAAUAAGAAAAUGGCCAACCGAUUUGGUCUCAGAUUACAAAGCAAGAUACCGGAUUUGGGCGGCGUUUACCCUUCUUUACCUGCGACAACUGCCAUAUCAGUUAAUUUCGCUUCUGAGAAUCAUGUUCCUCGGGCAUCAGGAGUAGUUGUCGGGAAAAGAAGAGUCUUUGGGUACAAGACUACUCGCAGGGUGGUUUUAGGAACCGGGUUGUCGUUUUGGUCUCAGCUCAUGGCUGGAAAUCUUGGAGGGAAAUCUUUCAUGGCUUAUGCUAGACAGAACGGCGCAAUUGAGCAGGUGCUGAAGAAUGUGGAUUGGCCUGAGCAAUUCCCUUUCAAGGAAGAGGAUUUCCAGAGAUUUGAUGAGUCAUCGGAUUCGUUAUUCUAUGAAACGCCACGUUUUGUGACACACAUUGAUGAUCCUGCCAUUGCUGCACUUACUAGAUAUUACUCAGAGGCUUUGCCUCCUGCUAAUACCCCAGGAGUAGCCAUCCUUGAUAUUUGUAGCAGUUGGGUCAGUCACUACCCUGCAGGGUAUAAGCAAGAAAAAAUAGUUGGAAUGGGCAUGAAUGAAGAUGAGCUAAAGCGAAAUCCAGUACUAACAGAAUACGUCGUGCAAGAUUUGAAUGUCAAUCCUAAGCUCCCGUUUGAAGAUAACACUUUUGAUGCCAUUACCAAUGUGGUUAGCGUCGAUUAUCUAACAAAGCCUAUUGAUAUUUUCAAAGAGAUGUCUCGGGUUCUUAAACCUGGAGGAGUUGCGAUUAUGAGUUUCUCAAACCGAUGCUUUUGGACUAAGGCAAUAUCAAUAUGGACAUCAACCGGAGAUGCUGAUCAUGUUUUGAUAGUAGGGUCAUAUUUCCAUUAUGCUGGAGGGUUUGAACCUCCCGAGGCUGUGGAUAUAUCUCCGAACCCCGGGCGUUCAGACCCCAUGUACAUUGUCUAUUCGAGAAAGCUAGCAACAGCCUGAAAAAAACAUUAAAAGCCGGCAUUCUCCCCGGAUGAAGCUGGAUCCAUUCCGUCUCAGCAUUGAGGAGUUUGCCCAGUUGAACAAAUGUGCAAUUGCGUCUUUUAGUGUCGGAAGUUGAUGUUCAAUAGUGAGUUUUUGUUCCUGGAGACAUGUUUAUGUGGUCUAUGCAUCUGUACAGAGACUGUUUCUGUAUUCUUUUUUGUAAUGAAUUGCCUACAAAAAGAAAAUGACAUCCUUUUUGACCAAGAUGAAUAGCUUAUUAGCUUCUGUUCUGAAAACCAUUCAUCUAGAGCAACCUGGUUGAGUUUUUGUUUUUGUUUUUUUUUUUUCCUGCAAGUUUUCGUGGGACCAUUUUGCCGAGUUGAAUUGUUGCAAACUUUAAUAAGAAAAACAAUGAAAAGUUGUCGCCAAUUGGCA